CGCGUUCGACUCGUCUUCCCUGCCUCCAACCUGCACGCACACAGGCACCGGCUGUACUUAGCUAGCAUCAGGAAAGCUUAAUAUCUGCAAUAAAAGCCACUGUCUGGAAUCAUGACCGACCCGAGGAUACGGCAAAUUAAGAUCAAAACUGGCGUGCUGAAGAGGCUGAUCAAAGAGGAGGUCUCGUAUAAAAAGGAGGCCAAGCAGCAGGAGGAGAAGAUCGAGCAGCUGAAAGCGGAGGCGGCUGACAGUUACCUCAUCAAGCAACACACGGAGAGCUUGAAGGAGACCAUCAUGAUGGUCCCAGACACCCGACGCCGCCUGACCGUUGCACACAACGACCUGCAGCAGCUACUGGAAGCGGAGGAAGAGUUGGCGGAAUCUGCGGAAUACCAAGAAGCCAAAGACAUGUUGGACUCGGUCAAGUUGGAAACCUAAAUUCUGUUGUCACUUGCUUCAAACGCUCAUUCCUUAUUACAUGCAUAAUUAUUAUGAAUGUGAUGUUUGUUUGAUCUCCAAACCUCUCCACUAUUAAUGCAACUUUCGUACCAUAAAACAUAGUUUUAGUCAUUAUUGUUUUGUCACACAAAUACACUGACACACUCCUGUCUAAUCUGAAAUACGGAUUAAAAUACAAUUUGCUUGUUGCUAGGCAGAAUUCAUGUGGGAACCCACCGUUUGUAAUUGAAAAAGACAAGGAGAAUGCGUCCUAUUCAAGCCUUUUUACUCAGCACAGCGCCACCUGCUGGAUGAGGUUAGUGUUUGUCCCUCACACACACACACACAAAAUGAUCCCAUUGUACUUUUUUUUAUUUUAUUGCUGUCUCUGUCAAUUCAAAUGAUUGUAUGUUGUCACAUUUGCUCCAAAAAAACCCAAAGUGGAAGAAUGUCUUCUUUUUUUUUUCUUCCUUUCUGAACACUCAGAAAUAAAUGAACUCAAUUGGCGUCCAAAUGAA